ACAAACACCCAAAGAUUUUACAUAAAAGUAAACCAUCAAAAUCCCAAAUCCUCGAAUCAUAGCGUCCAAAACCCUAACCCUAAGACUCUUCGGACGAACACCAUGGUGUGCAUCAGGAAGGCGACGGUGGACGACUUGCUGGAGAUGCAGAACUGCAAUUUGUUCUGCCUACCGGAGAACUACCAGAUGAAAUACUAUUUGUAUCACAUCCUCUCAUGGCCGCAGCUCCUUUACGUAGCGGAGGAUUACAACGGCAAGAUCGUUGGCUACGUGUUAGCCAAAAUGGAGGAGGAAUCCACAGAGUGCCACGGCCACAUCACCUCGCUCGCCGUGCUUAGGACUCACCGGAAGCUCGGUCUUGCCACUAAGCUCAUGACCGCCGCUCAAAACGCCAUGGAGCAGGUAUAUGGAGCUGAGUACGUGUCUCUGCACGUACGGAAAAGCAAUAGGGCUGCAUUCAAUUUGUACACAGAAACAUUAGGAUACAAGAUUCAUGAUAUUGAAGCAAAAUAUUAUGCCGAUGGUGAGGAUGCUUAUGAUAUGAGGAAGCAAUUGAAGGGCAGAAAGCAUCACCACCACCACCACCAUCAUGGUGGAGCUUGUUGCUCUGCGGAUUCAAAAUCCAAUGACAAACAUGGAACAACAGAAGCCAAAGCAGAGUGAAGUUAACAGGGAUUGGAUUCAUCACAAACUCAACAAUCUUUGCAGCUGGUCAAAAAGCACACUUCUUUGGUAAUUUUCACUUGAUUAUGUAUGUGUGUCUGUCAUCUUUUUUUCUCUUUUCUAUUCCUUUCAAAUCUACUUAUCUUAACUGAGAGGGUGGAAAAGUUUUCCUUUUAACAACGAAAUAAAGACCAGAUCCCUGUCACAAUAUGAUGCAUGAUUAUGAUUAUGAUUAUUUUGUCCUGUAAUUUGGUUGUAAUUUUUCUUGAUUGAACUACUUAAGGUCAAUGUUUCAUUUUGUCCUGCAAUGAUUGAAUUAACUGUGUCAUUUAGCCUCUGUAACAUAAAAAAUUUCCACCCAUUCCUUGC